CAAAAUUUUGGGAAAUUUAUUGAUUUUAGAAGGCUACUACUACAAGGAAAGCUACGGAAGAAGAAACCGAGUAAGAUUAAGUUACUUUUUUUCGCACAUCCGAGAUCUUUUUUUUUUUUUUUGAUUUCGCAUAUCCGAAAUUAUUGUUUUCGGCAAUUAAAAGAUUUGAAGGGCAUCCGAAAUCUUGUUUGCAUAAGCGCUUCCGAAAUUUGUGUUACAAAGCAAGCACUCGAGAUCACUUUUAUUCGCUAGUCCGAGAUCCUCCUCCAAAAUAAUAGCCCGAGAUUGCUGGACCGACUUGAUUUAAAAUUCCACCUAAAUCCAAUUGACACACCAUCACCCGAAUUAGGAAAUUGCGCAGCUCACCCGAGAUUAGUCUUGCUCUUCACCUGGAAUUCUAACUACCAAAUUCCUAACUCAACCAAGAUUCCCCACUAUCAAAUUUCUCUCCCUCCCAUAAUCCUACACCCCCACUCACAAAAUCCCUUUUCCAAAAUCUACCUACGUUGUAUCUUACCCAAAUUCCCCACACCCACCUCCCAUAAAACCACCCCAAAAAUCCCUAACCUUCGAAAUCCCACCUCUCCAAACCAGCAAGUCCCGAAAUCUUAAUUUCGAACCCCCAUCAACCAUUACAAUUUCGGACCUCCUUUCUUUUAAAAAGAUCUUGAGUCUCUCCUUGCCUAAAAUAUUUUGAAACAUCAUCCCAGAUCAUCAUCCGAGAUCUUAACACUCGAAAUCAAGCAGCGCCAAAUUCUUUAUCAGCUGAACAGUUCUCGCCAAAAGAUCGCUCAACAGUCAAAGUUGGGCAAAGCUAUUUUCUAAAGGAUCCCUCUCCGACAGUCAACGAUGAGUUCCAACUCCAACUCAACAAUGCUCUCAAGCAACGGAUCAACUACAAUUUCUGACAAGUCCCAGGUAAGUACUUCUUAUUCUAAUCAAAUAAAGAAACUUGAAGAUAGACUUGCUAACAACCAAAGUGUUCUGGAAAAUCUAGCGAGAGAGAAAGCUUUUGAAUCUGUUCGCUUAAAAGAUUCACGAGAUAAAGUCACUAGUUUAGAGUCUGAAGUAGCUAAACUUAAGCAAACUGUCUGUGAAUUAACCAAGGAACUGGAUGAAAACAAGCAAAAACGUUCUGAAGCUGUUACCCGUUUUGAAAUAAUUAACAAGGAACGUUGUCGUCUUUAUUCAAAAAUAAAGGAGUUAGAGGAUAUUCUUGCUAAGAGAGGCCAAUCAGAACAAACUGUUUUUCUGCUUAACAACAAACCAAAGGACACUGAAUUUUACAAUCCUAGAGAAGGACUUGGCUUUCAAAACCUUGAAAACUUGAAAAAGGUUGAUUGCAUUCAAUUGUACGACAUAAGGUACAUGAACUUAGGGUUAACUAAGCUGAUGAAAUUUACUAGUGCUUCUGAAACAAUUGAGGCGGAAGAGGAGAAAAGGAAAAAUAGGGCUAAAGCUGAAAUUAGUUUCGAUUAUACUGCUCUUAAUGACAGCUAUGCUACUAGACAAAUUCCUCUUUCUGAUGACUAUGUUGCCCUCUCUCCUCCUGAAAAUCAAACUGUUUCCAAUGGGGAAGAAGCCUCCACUUCAAAGGUUUUUGAACCAUAUUUUCCUGCGAUUAUAAAGAAAAUGGCCGAUCUCCAUUCUUCUUUUGAAGAAGAACGAGAAAAGUUUAAAUCUGAAAAGGAAAAUCUUUUGAAGAAAAUUUCAGAUUUAACUGAUCAAUCCUCUCAAGUCUCAAAAACUCCUGAUAAUUCCCUUUUCGAAAAGAACAAAAAGAAAAAUCAUUUUUCAAGAAAAAAGGACUUUACCUCAUCUCCUUCUCAACCAGCUUCUACAGAAAACGGCUCAUCCUCAUCCUCUCAUUUUGAAACCAGCGCCUGAAAAGGAUUCUAGUGAGCGUUGAGAGCUCAUCUCUCCCGAUUUGGUGACCAACGGUCAUCUUCUUGGCUCUCUCACGCAAAUCCUCCGCCUACCACCGCAAAUCCGCCACCUCCACCACCACUUCUUGUUGCUGGGCCUGUUUUAUCUUCCUUAUUACUCUUUCCUUCCUUAGGAGUUAGUAAUUCGAAAGAUAUCAGCUCUAUCAACGCAAACCAGUUCGUAACUUCACUAUUCAUCGCAAAAGGUCAACGCACGUAUCUACAAAUCUACUUGGUCGAUUUUGAUUUUGAGCACGGUUCUAGCUUCGCCUUGGUGAGGGGAUUAACUUUCUCAACUUUGUUUCAUCAUCAACGAAGGCCGUACAACUACAUACUGUUCAUAGCCGACUCCAUUGGUACGGACUCUUAGCUCAAACAAGCUUCAAAGACUUCCGUUUUUGAAGGGGUUGCUGUUUUUAGCUACCCCUUCCAUGGUUUGGACUUCAGCUAGAUUUCAUUGCAACCAACACCAUGCCUAAGUCCACGGCCAAGAAGAAGGAGGUCCAACCUCCAACGAAGUACUCUUCAAGGCUAAAAGCAAAAGCAAAGGACAAGGAAUUGGAGGAUGCACUCUCGGCAAUGGAGCAAAUGAGUGAUUCGGAUUUUGAGGGGAGCCUUCAUGCGAGUGAUUCCGAAGGGUCCUCCAAGCAACCUCAACCUCAAAUAGCGGUCCAACCUCCUGAACCUGAGGUAAAUUCUCUACCACCUCUUAAACAGGACAUUGGCUUGAAAGAACCCAACAAAGAAAUGGUGGAAAAAGACCAAAAUGUGGGUAAUUUGGAUGAGACUUUGAAUGGGGAUGCUAGUGUUGCUGUUUUGGAUGUUGUGUUGGUUAACCGUGAGCCUACAAUUGUACCUCAAACUCAGGUGGAUGGAGACAUAAAUGACCUAUAUGUGGCUGCCCUCGGUAAAACAGUCCCUUUGAACAAAACCGAAACCACUAUGCCUAAACCUUUUGCAUCUCUUUUCAAAGAUAAUAGAGAACCCUCAAAAGGUAUGAAGCUUAGAUUUAUUGAACCAGUUGGGGACUUUGUGGACUUACAUCAAAGGAUCAUGCCAUCAAUUGAAGAGAUUUGGGGGCAUUGCCUAGUUGGGUACUUCGCGGGAAGAUACCCCGGUUUCAAACCAAUACAAGAACUUGUAGCUAAAUGGGGAGUUCCAUGCAAAGUUAGAACACAUGAUAGAGGUUGGGUGAUAUUCAAGUUCCAAGGGGAAGAGGAUAGAUCUAAGGUCCUCAUGGAAGGGCCAUAUACACUAUUUGGCAAAUCCCUAUAUCUCAAAUCACUUUCGGAGGACUUCUCCUUUGAAAGUGAGGAAUUCCUCAAAGUUCCAAUUUGGGUCAAAUUCCCCAAUCUACCUAUGCAAAUUUGGAAUGAGGAUGUCAUUAGUGAGAUAGCUUCAAGGGUAGGAGUGCCUCUCACAACGGAUAGAGUAACACAAGAACGAGCCAUAUCUCGGUAUGCUAGAGUUGUGAUUGAGGUAGAUGCCUCUAAGCCCCCCCCCCCCCCUCUUACACUAAAGGUGCGGCUGCCUAAUGGAAGGUUUCACUUUCAAAAGCUCAUCUAUGAAACCUUCCCGAAUUAUUGCUUCCAUUGCAAAGGGUAUGGCCAUCAUGCAUUUACAUGCAAAGUAAUAGCCGAGAAUGAAAAGAGAGAAAGGGAAGAAAAGGAGGCACAAGAAAUGAACAAGAGAGGGUUAACUAAAGAAGAUAAGGGCAAAGGGAAGGUGGUAGCACCCACCAAUGCCGCGGCACAAGGGAGAAACAAAGGGGAGACUAGCAACGCCGCGGCAAAAGAAGGGGACAAAGGGGACAACACUAAUGUCGCGACAUUAGACAAGCCCUACGUCCCAAAGGAGGAGCACCCUUUUAUAAAGGCAGCCCGGUUGAAGAAGAAAAAGAGGAAACCAAAAAAGAAACAAAAUACAAAGGAGGAUGGAGAAGUAUCCUCGGGGUAUGAAACAUUAAAAGAGCAAGAGGAUGAGGAGGUAGAACCAAGAAAGAUUAAUAGUUUUAAAGAUUUCUUUGAUGAUGAAGUCAUCAUAGAAAUGGAGGUUGAUGAAUUUGGUGAACCUACCAUUAAAGUGGCACACCUAGAUGAGGUUACCGAGCCCAUAACCAGAUUGAACCACCUACUACAAGUGGUGGAAGCUACUGAACCAGGGGUGUACUUCACCAAAAAGUGCUUAGAACAACUCCCGGGAGUGAAAAAGAGGAAGAAAGAUUAUGUCUACACAUCUAUGUUCAUGAGAUGUGUGUAUAGACACUAUCUUUAUAGAUAUUUUGAAGAUGGGCAUAUCAUGGGAAAUGGAAGUAAAGUGAAAGAUUUGAGGAAUUUCAAAAGAAAAUCAAUCCGGGUAGUAAGAGACAUCAAGGAGGCAUACUUGGAUGAUGUCAUCACAAAAAUUGAAUUCCAAGAGGGGGCAAAGCCGAAGAUCCAUUUGAUGCAUUGUGAUGAUGUGGAGGUGAUGAUGACUAGGCUGGAUAACUAUUUGGAUGAAGAGGAGAGCUUAGCACGCAAAGGGAUAACUUUCACCGUGGAUUGUCUAAAGUCCCUUCCCGGAGUUACUCAAACGGACCAAGGGUAUGAAUUCUCCUCUACUUUUAUUACUAAUGUUUAUGAUCUUUUCCUUGCAAGGUAUAGGGGUUGUGAAGAGUACCGUGAGUGGAAGAGAAGGCAAUGGGAGGUGGCUAGGCCGAACAAGAGGAAAGGAAGGAAAAACUAGAUUGUUUUUAUGAUUAUUACAUCAUGGAAUGUAAGGGGGCUGAAUCAAGCCUCAAAACAAACCAAUAUAAUAAAUUUCAUAAGGGUUAAUAAGAUACUAAAGGUAAGGCCAAGGCCUAGGAAGAUUAUGAGAGAGUGGAACGUGUGCCAAAAUGAUUUAACGGGAACGACCUUGGCGGCUUCUAGCUAGUUAUUAUUUUAUUUAAGUAUUUCGGAUGUUAUAAAAAGUGAUUAUUAUUACUUUAUUUUAUUUGAGGAUUUGAAGUUUUAGUAAAUUCCUUGAUCCAGGUGGUUAUCACAUUUGCUGAUGAUAAUUAAAUUUUAUUGAGUUUUAUUUGGAGUAAUAUUUUAGUUAUAUUUGAGAUUUUAUCAGGGUUAUUUCUUAAACGAACGGCCGUUAUAUUGCAGUUUUUUUAAGUAGUAAGUUUAUGUAGGGUUUCCUUUAACCCUGAGAGGGGCAUUACAGUAGAUGAGUGGGGUGGUAACCGAAGUGGUGAAGGGGAAUCAGCAUGCUGAAUGUGUUCAUGUGAAUCUUGAUUCCAUUCAACCCCACUUAGCUCCUUACUUGGUUAACCUGCUUAGCAAUAACACAUUGAAAGAAUAAAUGAUCCAUAGAAUCACUUUCCUUCCUACAGUGAGAACAAACUGAAGGAUUUAACACUUCCCUAAAUCUGCUGAAUUUGUCAGUAAUAGGGAAAAUCCCUUUCACAAUCUUCCACUGAAGAAUCUUCAUUUUAAGCUCAUGUUUAGUAUUCCAAAUUUGCUCAUAAAUAUCAG